AUGGCGUUUUACGAGGAGAAUUGCUGUGACGUGUUGGCGUCUGGCAGUGGUUUGUUGACCCACGUCUACAAACUCAUCACCGACUAUCGCCCAUCGUCACGCGUUCUUUGGGACUUGUCAAUGUCAUUUCUCGAGCACAUCGGCUCCAGCGUGAAGCUUGAGCUUGAUGACAUUUCUGAGGCGAAGCACCCGGUCAAUCGCUGCGGGGGUCAAUUACAUGGGAUACCGAGUGUGUUACGAGCCAAGCUCUUCGUAUUGUACUCCGAACUAGACCCGAACACCCUCAUCGGCGUCGUUGAACGCGCGCCUGUGUCUGCCGGGUUGACUCUCGUACCAAUUUCACCUGGAGCACCCUGGAGCCCUUUGAUCAACUACGUGUCGCAGGCAUCACAUCCUUGGAGGAUUGCUAGAUGUCUACCAAUCUCUAAUCCCCCUGUACCCAGCACCCGCUGCUGA